AUGAACAGCCCAGAAGAAAUGAGAUCACACCUAGACAGCUCUGCUAACAUCAUUCUUGCUCUGAUGAGCGCCAGCAGCCACAACAAGGUCAGGUUCUUCAAGCGCAACGUGUACAAGCACCCCAAGUGGGGAUUCCUCUAUUGGCUCAACCCCAGGGGAGAACAAGGACCAGUCACACUGUAUGGAAAGCGAAACCUCAUUCUGCUUUACCCAGCAGACCCACCAGCCAACACAAGCAGGCCGGCAAUGCCAGUGAGCCCUCCAGCAUGCCCAGACACUCCCAGGCCAACAGAGGCGCAUGCACCAGCACCCUUGCCGUUCCCCUUGUUCCCCAGCACGCCAGACACUCACUGGACCCCAGGUGACUUGUCUCAAAUGAGGGAAACGCAAUGGGAGCCUCAGAGCUACCCAGGAUGGAACAUGUCACAACCAAGAAUGAAAUGA